AUGCACUCCAUCGCCCGCCCGGCGUCGCGGCUCAUCCACGCCCGCAUCGGCCUACACACCACAACGACCCUCACACGAUGGCCCGUGGCAGCAGCUCGAUGUAGCACCCCCGCGGCGCGACGCCUCUACUCCUCCCUCCCUCCCUUCCCACCGCCGCCGCCGAGCUCCGGAGCUUCAAAACAAGAGAUAGACCAAGCUUCCGCCAUGAGCUCCUCAUCGCCGAGCGCACAACCGAGCUCAGACUCAAGCUCCACCACAGCUUCCUCCGACUCGCCGCCCACGACCGACCCCGACGCCCACAAACCCGCCGACAAACCCGACGGCAGCAGCAGCAAAGACGCCGCCCACGACCCCCUCCCCGACACGGCCUCCAAGAUCUACACGGCCCUGCCCCCGGCCCUCUCCGAAAAGCUCUCCCACCUGAUGGACACCCUCCAGACCCGCCUCCUGACCGCCUCGACCACCCUCAACGCCCUGACGGGCUACGCGCCCAUCGAGGCGAUCAAGCAUCAGAACACCCUCCUCGAGUCCCGCCUCGCCUCCGCCCAGGACCUCGUCCGCACCGCCCGCCUGACCUACAAGACCACCAACGCCCGCCGCGCCACCACCCAGCGCGAGGUCACGACGCUGCUCGCCCGCAAGGAGACCUGGUCGCCCUCCGACCUGGAGCGCUUCACGCAGCUGUACCGGACGGACCACGAGCUGGAGCAGGAGGUCGCGGCGGCCUCGGAGGCGCUGACGGACGCCGAGCACGCCGAGCAGGCCCUGGGCCAGCAGCUGAACGCGGGGAUCCUCAAGCGGUACCACGAGGAGCAGAUCUGGUCGGACCGCAUCCGGAGGGCGUCGACCUGGGGCACGUGGGGUCUGAUGGGCGUCAACGUGCUUCUGUUCCUGGUCCUGCAGUUUGUCGCCGAGCCGUGGAAGAGGAAACGUCUGGUCCGCGGCGUGGUCGAGCAGGAGAAGGCGGUGCUGGAAGGCGUGACGGCGGAGCUGGCGAGUCUGAAGGCCACGUUGGCGCAGAGGGACGAGGCCGCGGCCGCUGCGCCGGUGGCGGAGGCGGCGCCGUUGGUGGAGGAGCCUAUGCCGGAAGAAGUCUUGGCCGCCAAGGUCGAGGAGCCUGCCGUGCAGAACGAGCUGGAUAGAGAGGUGGCCAGCGCUCUUGACGAGUUGGAGAAGGAAUUCCCCGAGUCCAAGACGUGGCGGGAGUUCUUCUCCGACCCCGCGCUGUGGAAGACGCGAUUGGCAGAUCUAUACUCCGAGCGGCGCAUCGACUUGCGCAUGCGCGAUGCUUCGAUCCUCGCACUUGAAGGCGCCGCUGCGGGAGCUACCGUUGCCGGAGGCCUGGCGCUCCUGCUUCUCCGUAGAACAUAG